UCCCCUGGCCACACCCUCCGCCUGGACGCAGCAGCCACCGCCGCGUUCCUCUCCCCACGAGGCUGCCGGCUUAGGACCCCCAGCUCCGACGUAAGUCCCUCUCGCGCACCACCUCCAUCCGCUGCCCCUCUGCCCACGGGCCGGGCUCAGAUGUCGCCCUCUGGUCGCCUGUGUCUUCUCACCAUCUUUGGCCUGAUUCUCCCCACCAGAGGACAGAUGUUGAAGGAUACCACGUCCAGUUCUUCAGCAGACUCAACUAUCAUGGACAUUCAGGUCCCGACGCCAGCCCCAGAUGUCUACACAGAACUCCAGCCCACCCCUCCGACCCCAACCUGGCCUGCUGAUGAAACACCACAACCCCAGACCCAGACCCAGCGACCGGCAGGAACGGAUGGGCCUCUAGUGACAGAUCCAGAGACACACAAGAGCACCAAAGCAGCUCAUCCCACUGAUGACACCACGACGCUCUCUGAGAGACCAUCCGCAAGCACAGAUGUCCAGACAGACCCCCAGAUCCUCAAGCCAUCUGGUUUUCAUGAGGAUGACCCCUUCUUCUAUGAUGAACAGACCCUCCGGAAACGGGGGCUGUUGGUCGCAGCUGUGCUGUUCAUCACAGGCAUCAUCAUCCUCACCAGUGGCAAGUGCAGGCAGCUGUCCCGGUUAUGCCGGAAUCAUUGCAGGUGAGUCCAUCAGAAACAGGAGCUGACCACCCGCUGGGCACCCGAAGACCAAGCCCCCUGCCAGCUCACCGUGCCCAGCCUCCUGCAUCCCCUCGAAGAGCCUGGCCAGAGAGGGAAGACACAGACGAUGAAGCUGGUGCCAGGGCUGCCGGUCCGAGUCUCCUACCUCCCCCAACCCUGCCCGCCCCUGAAGGCUGCCUGGCGCCUUGGGGGCUGUCCCUCAAGUUAUCUCCUCUGUUAAGACAAAAAGUAAAGCACUGUGGUCCUUG